AUGUCAUUCAUUCAAAGUUCCGACUAUGAUUUGUCCAACUUCAGUCUAAAUCUCAACAGGACUGCUCCUCCACGAAUCAAUCAGUCGUUCACAUUACCCCCGCUCAUAUUUCAUUACGCGGAUGAGGACACCAGCGAUGACGAGAGUGAUGCCUACAUUGGCGAUGAUGUCAGCGCGCUCAUGAACCACCAGCAAGAUCUCGCACAGGCACAGCACGACUGGCGUCGCGCAUGGUUGACAAAAUUGACCCAAGAGGAAAAGCAACUUGCUCUGCAGAAUACCGGCACCCUCAAAUUCUUCUGGCUUGAUGGACGCUUCAACAACAUCUGGGACACGGACCUGAUUCAUAUCGAUCUGAACAGCACGCCGCAGGAACUUACCGAGCUGGUCCAUCGACAGGUUCAGAAGAAAUUUCGAGAUCGACAGGAAUGUCUGGACGACGUCCGCCGCAAAGGUCUAUCCAUGCGGGUCAAUUGUUGGGCAUCCGUCGGCUUCAAUCGCUCCAUUUACCUUAACCCAGAUCACUUGGGGGUCUUCCGCGUGGCUCGCGUCUGGGACAGCCAUGACAACCCGUCCAAGGCACCGAGCGCACAAUCUUUCGAAGUCAUCGUCGAGAUGGAUCGGAUGCGCUUGCCACCUGGCCAGCGACCUCGUCGUCAACAGACUCGUAUUUCUCAAGAUGUAGUCGACCUGCGCAAAAACAUCCAACAGUCCAUCCGCAACAUCCACGCCCUGCAAACAUCCACCCCCUCUCCGGGAAUGUACAUGGUGCACCCGCCCAUGCUCACAUUGCAGCCUUACGUCGUUUUACUCCCACGCAGGCCGAAUCCUCACGCUGGUGGGCCUCUCAGAAUCGUCGCCUUCAUGCAAAACCGCACCGUCUACCCACAGAUCAAACUUCCAACACAAGUCAUCCUCCGACUCCCCAACACCACUGACAACUUCACGGUCAUUAUGGGUGCCAUCCGCAAAUCAUGGGACAUCUACAGUCUCAAGCACUACGGGAAGGAAUUUGCACCAUACGUGGACGAAUUGUCACCACCUUCGUUUGGUGAACAGCUGAAGGCUUUGGGGUUUGUAGCACCGCAAAUCGUUCCGGAGACCGAAGUGGACGAGGAGAAGAGGGAGAGGAAUGUCAGAACGAAGACCGCGUAUAUAUUCCGGACUGGUAUGGACAUUGAGGAUUUCCUGGAUGGGAGGAUGGAGAGGGAAAUAAAUGUGGAGGUGCAUCUUGUGUCUGAUCAUGAUUGA